AUGGCCGAGGGUGAAGGCUUUGAUCGUCGGCGAGCAGUUUCCUUAUUGCAGGAGGCAACAAGGUUGAUUGGAGAAUAUUCUGGCUCAUCAGAUACGUCAACAACCCAAUUUUUAAACAGUGAGCCUAUUCAAAACGCGAUAUCCCAAGGCCAACAACAGCAUCAUCAACGAACGGACAAUAUAAACCAAAGGCAAAACAUAUCAGGUAGUACCGAAAGUAAUACAAGUUCAACCCCUUCGCCAUUGCUGGUCAACAGUGUUAGGGAAUGAUCGCUAGGUAAUUUUAGAGAUCUUUUUGCUCCUUAUGGAAGCAGUAACCGAAGAAGUCUCAGUUCCUCACACCAAUCAGCUCAUCCACCAAGUAAGCGAAAGAAACAAAAUGCUGUUCCGAAAUUUAAAGUGUGUGAAACGUGGACACACACAUUUUUUUGCUUGGCCAAUCGCGAGCAAAUUGUGGCUCCCAGUAUAGCUCUCAAGACACGCUUACAACAAGCUGGCUUAGGCCGGAAAAAGAUUUGUUUUAACUGGAAAGCGACUGCGGCAGAAGUGAAAACAAAGCUGGAAGAGAUUUAUCCAAAGUUAGAAAAUGGCGGAGGCUUUGAAAUUAUGAGGCGUGGUCCACAAGCCAAUGAGUUGAUGGUCAUACAGCCACCACGCAGUGGAUACAGCGUACCAUAUCUAAGGGAUUCAGCAGGGUUGGGGCAAGCCAUUGCCUUCAUUCGGCCAAUACAAACUAACUUAGGCAUGGAACCUGAAGCACUUAUGGACAGUUCUGAG